CAUCACAUUUGGGGUAUUUAACUGAUCAACAUACACAUGGUCCUUCAUGCAGAUUCGCUCAAUACGCUUGUCCACGAUAAUAUUGCGUGUGCGUGUUGCCGUCGAGUUCAGUGCGAGGUAGCUUGAACCUGUUACUGAACAACGCGGUUCAAAGGGCAGACGCGACGCACUCGGUAUAUCAAGAGCGGCGUGUGGCAACUUAAAAGCUUGAGUUUUUCAAAUCAGUGAAGACAUGCCGUGCUUUAUUUUCUUCACCAAUGUACCAGCAACUGACCUUCCAGAUGGGUUCCUUCUGGAAACAUCCAAAGUCAUCGCUAAAGCGAUUCGGAAACCGGAAUCUUAUGUGACAGUCAGGAUUCAUCCAGGUCAGAUGAUGACCCACGGGGGUACGACUGAACCAUGUGCCAACUCCGAGCUCCAGGCUAUCGGACACAUAAGUGCCGAGGAAAACAUACAGAUGUCCAAGGAAAUUUCAGAAUUUCUGCAACAAAAGCUUAGUAUUGAUCCUAAAAGAAACUACAUCAAAUUUACCAACAUGGAGAGAUUUGAGGUUGGGUAUGCUGGAACCACAUUUGCAGCCUUGUAGGGAGGACUUACUGCUGGUUAGAGCAACAUAUGUACUUCAAUAUCAACAUGCCAAUCAACUUAUGAUCAUGCAUAAUUUCAGGGAUGUUGACAUGUCUCUUAGACUCUCCCGUUUAUAGUCUGUUUGGCUCAAAAGCGGACAGCCAGGUGUUCGAGAACGGAUGGAGACGGCACAGCACAGGUUAAUGAAUAAAUAACUUUGUCUGUGAACGUGCUUCUCGAACACCUGGCUGU